GGUGAUUCAAAUGAUUUGUGGCCAUAAGGUGAUGCAAAAUAGUGACAAAAAGAUAAUGCUAACUUAUGUCACACCAUCUCCCCUAUAAAUUAUGCAUUUUAGAAACACCAUAACUACACAAAGAAAAAACAAUGGAAGAUAUCCACAUCCAACACAAAACUCAUGAUGGAAAAAGGCCCAAAGGUGGCCUCAUCACCAUGCCCUUCAUAUUUGCGAAUGAGGUGUGCGAGAAGCUUGCGGUGGUUGGAUUUCAGACGAAUAUGAUAAGUUACUUAACACAACAACUUCAUAUGCCCAUGACAACAGCCGCCAACACCCUAACUAACUUUGGUGGCACCGCGAGCCUGACUCCUUUGCUCGGGGCUUUCAUAGCCGAUUCCUUCGCCGGUCGGUUUUGGACCAUCACAGUUGCUUCCAUAAUUUAUCAAAUUGGGAUGGUAUCUUUGACAACAUCAGCAAUACUACCAAACCUAAGACCACCACCAUGCCAAAAUGGACAAGUAUGUCAAGAAGCCAACACGGGUCAACUCGCAAUCUUAUACGUAUCCCUUCUGCUGACCGCAAUCGGGUCGGGCGGGAUCCGACCCUGUGUGGUGGCAUUUGGGGCAGACCAGUUUGAUGAAACCGAUGAGAAACAAAAGACUAGCACGUGGAAGUUUUUUAACUGGUAUUAUUUUUGCAUGGGGGUAUCUAUGCUUGUUGCAGUGACAGUUAUAGUUUAUAUUCAAGACUAUGUGGGGUGGGGAUGGGGUCUUGGUGUUCCUUCGAUAGCCAUGGCUCUUUCGAUUGUGGCCUUUGUGUUCGGGUACCCGUUGUACAGGAAUAUGGAUCCAUCGGGUAGCCCGUUUACCCGGUUGGUGCAAGUGUGUGUUGCAGCUUAUAAGAAGAGAAAUUUACCAAUGGUUUCGGAUGCUAAGUUGUUGUAUGAGAAUGAAGAGCUUGAUGCCUCGAUAUCUAUUGCUGGGAGACUUAUCCAUACGAAACAAAUGAAGUUCUUGGACAAAGCAGCCAUUGUUACAGAAGAAGACUACGCAAAAUCGCGAUCAAAACCAAACUUAUGGAGAUUAAACACAAUCCACAGAGUCGAAGAACUAAAAUCCCUCCUCCGAAUGGGUCCAAUCUGGGCAUCUGGAAUCAUUCUAUUCACAGCCUACGUUCAACAAAACACAUUCUCCCUACAACAAGCCAAAACCAUGGAUAGACACCUCACAAAAUCCUUCCAAAUCCCCGCAGGAUCCAUGUCCGUUUUCACCUUAAGCUCCAUGCUCGCCACCAUCGUCUUCUACGACCGUGUCUUCGUCCCCAUCACGCGGAGGUUCACAGGGGUAGAACGGGGAGUUUCUUUUCUCACCAGAAUGGCCAUCGGUUUUACUAUAUCGAUUCUAGCCACACUUAUAGCUGGGUUCAUGGAGAUAAAGCGUAAAAAUGCCGCUUUUGCCCAUGGGUUGAUGGAUAAGCCUCAUGAAACGAUUCCGAUAAUGGUGUUUUGGUUGAUGCCUCAGUAUUGUCUGCAUGGGGUGGCGGAAGCGUUCAUUUCGAUCGGGCAUCUUGAGUUUUUGUAUGAUCAGGCGCCAGAAAGUAUGAGGAGCACGGCGACGGCUUUGUUUUGGAUGGCGAUUUCUGCUGGAAAUUACAUGAGUACCCUUUUGGUGACAUUGGUGCAUAGGUUUAGUCAAGGGGCAGAUGGGUCAAAUUGGCUUCCGGAUGAUAAUUUGAAUAAGGGAAGGUUGGAGUAUUUUUACUGGAUUAUUACGUUGUUGCAGGUUUUUAAUCUGGUUUACUACUUGUUUUGUGCAAAAUUUUACACUUUUAAACCCAUUGAAGUUGUUAAUAGAGAUAGAGGUGAAGUCGAUCAUCAUGGAAAAGAACUUGAGCUUGGAAGCCAUGUUUGACUAGUAUUUAGGACUUGCACUCGCUUUUGGUUGAAGGUUUAAACUGUAAAGUACCAAAAGGUAUAUGUAGUGGUCAAAGUCAAAGGGGUAUAUAUGUAAUCUAAGUUUAAAAAUCUCGAUACCAAACUACUAUUAAAUCAUCG